CGCUUCCUCUAAAAGUACAUCUGUUUUUUUAGAUAUAUUUACUGCGUUACUAAGCUGGCAUCUGGCCCAGAAGUACAGCAUUUUUACUUCGUAGACUGGAAAGUAUGGCGAUUCGUUCUUUGUCGACUUUUAAAAACGGAAUGGAACAAAAAGAGUAACCUCCUUAAAGGCUAAACUCGCUUGAUACAAAGUAGUUUGGCCACUGGAUAAUUUAUGUUUCGCGCAAUUUAAUGAGCUGUUGCGUGAAACUUAAAACGUAUAAACCGAUUAAGAAAAAUAAACUUUACUAACAUUAACAAGACCAAUACUUCAAAAUAUAAUAACAUUAAACUAUUAUUCACUACAGUACUGCUUCUAUUCGCAGCCGUUUUGCCUGAAGUCCGGCACGACGUGGCUGUGUGGCUUGAAAGCAUAGAACCGCAACAGCGUAAAGAUCAGUGAAUCAGGCGUUAUACUGGCUUUCAGUGUAUGGCGGGUCGCAGUUUACACUGAAUGCUCCGAUCAAUAAUUGCAUGUUAAUUACAAAGAUCGCCAUUUUAAUGAUCUUUUUAACGAUGUCCAUUUACACGAAAAGCUGCACGCGUUGUCACAUGACCUGGAAGUAGUCUCGCGUACCUGUUGCUGGGGGGACCGGAGACGCGCGGCAUUGUUUCAGAAUAACAUCAAAUGGCGGUUUACAUCCCAAAGCAGUGCAAUUCAUAAAAUGAUUAAAUAAUGGAUAUCAAAAGUAAGGUGAAUGACGUCCAAAAUGCCCUCAAAAGAGCCAAGCAGAAAAUGUCUAGCCUACAAAAUGAACUUUUAGAGAGGGAGGCCUUCCACGAGAGCGAGGAGGAACCGCGCCCCACGGAAAUUAAGGGAUCGCUUGUUGAUAUUUACGGAGCUAAUCCCCAAGUCAAUGUGGAACUGAAACAAAGACUGCCUUCCCCGAUAAGACCCCAUUGCUCAGACACCACAGCACCACUCAGGACCCCCACACCGAAAGCCAGCUUGGGCACCCUCUCCGCCACAGCCUCAGCAGAUCCAGGCAGAGGGUCAAAGGUCACUGAGCUGCUGCCCAGGUCCAAGAAAGAACCAGAAGAGGUACCUUUCUCUCAGCCAGACCCUGGUGCAGGAGAUCCAGCUGGGAGGAUGGAGGAACACCAACAACAUGACCAAAUUUUCCUCUCGGAGGGGUGUUCCACGUCAGGAGUCGAAAUCCAGGACAAGGGCAGGGAUGAACUGGGAGCAGUGCCAGUAUACAGAUGUCAUUUCACCUCCAAGGAGCACGGAGAUCUCGCAGCAGUAAGUGGUGUACAGGAGGUGCAGUGUAAUGCCAAGGCAAGCAGUGCUUUUAACUCCGCAAAGCAGCUGGAUGAGGAGAGAAACAUUGCCUUCCUGCUAAAAGAGCUGGACACUCUGAGGGAUCUCAAUAAGCAGCUCCGGGACGAGCUGGCUGUGAAGGAGAGGGCGCUGGAGAGCAGGAUGGCGGAUGCUGAGCUGAGGGAAAGCCAACUGGAAGCCCGGGCCUGCGAGAAAGCUGGAGCUCUGGUGGAGGAGAUCUACAAGGCGCAGAGGGAGCGAGACCAAGCCUUGAUGGCCAGGCUGCGGCUGGCCAACGAGGAGCGGGAUGAGGCUCUGCUCCGAGCCAAGAGGCUGCAACAGGCAGCCACGGGCCUGGAGAACAUCAACCCCGAGGAAAGCGACACGGAUCUGGAGGAGCUGCUCAAUCGGAUCAAUAGUGCCGAUUCUGCCCUGGGCAUCGAACGCACUGGGGCGGUCAUAGUGGACAGGCUGAGGAAGAUGCGAGACCGCAAGAGGAGGAUCACGGCUGAGGAGAUGAACGCGGUCAUUGAGGAGCGAGAUGCUGCCCUGGCCAGGUGCCAGCGGCUGGAGCGGGAUCUUCAUCAAGUGCGAGAGCAGAGCCGGGCUUCGGCAAACAGCGCCAGACACCUGACUGCCGAAAACAAUCAGGAGCGUGCCUGGAAGGAGGCGCUGGACGUGGUCCGGAUGGAGCGAGAUCGGGCUGUCGAGCAGAGCCGGCGACUGGAGCAGGAGAUGCAGACCCUGCGUACCUCUUGUAGCUCGCAGCAGCCCCCGUGUCGGGAGGCCCCUGCAAACAAGCCGCCUGAGCCCGCUCUGAACUGCUCCUCCCCCCAGCCCCCCGCAUCUCUGGCCCCACAGAACACACAGCUUCUGGAGCAGCUUCGACUCCUGGCCGCUGAACUGCGCAGUUCAGAGGACCAGCUCCGGCGCAGCCAGGAGGCCGAGUGUGAGGCCAAGGAAAGAGUGCAGAAGCUGGAGCGGCUCGUAGAGGUGCUGAGGAAGAAGGUGGGCAGCGGCAGCCUCAGGACGGUGAUCUGAGGAGGGGCAUGGGGGGGGCGGGGGG